AUGGCUGACGAUACCGAACUCGAUUAUAACAUUAACUUUUUCGUGAAAUCUCAUUGCGGACUGAUAGAUGCCGAGUAUGAAGAAGAAAAACAGGAAUUUAAGUAUGACACUGCGAAACCAGAAGUAGGAAAUUUAGAAAAGAAAGGCGUUCUUAUAAAUGACUUAACAAUUAUUAAUGUCCGAAGCGAAUAUGGUUCGUGUAUUGUCGAGUUUGGAAAAACGUCAGUCGGUGACAUAGCAAGUGUUUGGUAUCAUAAUGAAGAUGAUGAAAAUAGGAAAACAUUUUUGGCAUCUGGCACUGUUAUAUUUGUUGGUGACAUAAUUAAAAUGUCAUUUGAUAACUCCAAUCCAUUUAACUGGGAUUAUGAAAAAUAUUUUAUUGUCAAAACACCAUCAGAUGUGACUUUCAAACGCAUGAAAAAUGCUCUGCAAAAUAUUAUUAAUCAUGCCCAUGGGAGAUGUUCUAUGAUAACCAAGCACUUGUUUGGAUUUACUAAAUUGGAGAAAUCUGCAAUAAGCCCUAAUUUUUUGAAUGAAAAGGGAACAGUGAAAUUUUACAACAAUAACCUACACAGUACACAGAAAGAAGCUAUCAAGUUUUGUUUAGAGCAAAGGAAUUUUGCAAUAGUUCAUGGACCACCUGGGACUGGAAAAACAACAGUGUUGAUUGAAAUUAUUUUACAGCUUGUUAAUACAGGCCACAAGGUACUGGUAUGUGCACCCUCGAAUAUUGCAGUUGAUACUUUAGUAGAGAGGUUGAAUGUCAUAAAGUCAAAAAUUAUUCGAGUGGGAAAAAUAGCUCGAAUGUUGGAAAGUAGUAAGAGCUCUUCUUUGGGAGCCGUCAUGUCUACAAGUGAUGAUGCACCAAUUUUAAAAGAUGUUAAAGAUGAAUUGGAACAACAUCAAAAAGAAUUAGAAAAGGCAAAACCUGGUGCUAAAGCAUAUUUACGUCAUGAAAUUAGAGAAUUGAAAAAAGAAUAUUACAGGCGGCAAUAUAAAGCCCUUCAAGAACUGCUGAAGAGGGCAAGUGUAGUAUUGACAACACUUACAUCAGCUAGUGAAGAUGGUGAUCUUAGAAAUGUGACCUAUGAGCACUUUGAUGUUGUAAUAAUUGAUGAGUGUUCACAGGCUAUUGAAGCUGCCUGUUGGAUUGCUAUUCCUAGGGCACCUAAACUUAUAAUUGCUGGUGAUCAUUUGCAAUUGCCUCCAACAAUCAAAAGCAAAACUGCAAGUGAUUGUGGUUUAGGUGUAUCAUUAAUGGAACGAGCUAUUUUAAGAAUGGGCCCAGAAUGUUUUAAGCUGCUAACACAUCAGUAUCGAAUGAACUCCUCUAUAAUGCAAUGGGUAUCUUCGUUUUAUAAUAAUCAGCUUGUUGCUGAUUCUUCUGUUGCUAACCGGUUAUUAAAAGAUCUUCCAAAUGUAAAGGAGACAGAAUUGACAGUUUUAGAUAUUGAAAGAAAUGGAAGAACAUGCCAAGAAGCAUUUGAAAGAAGAGGAGCAAUGAACUCUGUCGUCUAUUCAGUGUAGGCCUGCCUCUUCAGCUUGAGUAAUUUGCUUUUCAAAUCAAAUCUAUUUUCUCUUAAAAUGCUUAGACAAUUGAUCUUUUUAACAUGACUUCAUCUUUCAAAUGCACACAUAUUUCAUAUGUAUUUUAUUUUUGUUUAUUUUGCAACACCAACAUAUUUAUUGAGUAGAGAUUACAUUAAUUUGAUCCCUUCAGUGGUCAUGUUUGAAAGUUUGUGUUCAUAUAUCUGUUUAUAUGAACAUGAUUUACGUAAAUACAUCACAACAUAAAAUAUAUUUCAUUAUUUAACAUUUCC